AUGACAAAAGCCACAAUUCAAUCAUCCAACUUGUUCAAACCAAUUAAGGUUGGAAACGCUAUAAUUCAAAAUAGAAUUGCCCACUUACCAACCACUAGAAACAGAGCACACCCAGGUGACCAUAUCCCCACAGACUUGGAGAAAAAAUAUUACACUGAUAGAGCUAAAUCUGGCGCAUUAUUAAUUACUGAAGCUACAAUUGCUACUCCCAAAUUAGGAUGGUACCCCAAUGUCCCUGGUAUUUGGAAUGAAAAACAAGCUUUGGGAUGGAAAGAAAUUGUUGAUUCUGUCCAUGCUGCUGGGGGUAAAAUUGCGGUUCAAUUGUGGGGAUUGGGUAGAGUUGCUAGUGGUGCAUUGUUGAAAUCGCAAGGUUACGAUUUUGUUGGUGUUAGUGACGUUUACGAACAUGAAAAAUCAGAAAAGGAAGCUAUUGAGGCAGGUAACCCACUUCGUCCAUUUACAACUGAAGAAAUUGAAGAUUUGGUUCAAAAUGAAUAUCCAAAUGCAGUUAAAUUGGCCCUUGACGUUGCUGGAUUUGAUUUCGUUGAGUUGCAUUUUGCCAAUGGUUACAUUGCUAAUCAAUUCUUGCACCCAAAGAUCAACACUAGAACCGACAAGUAUGGAGGUGACUCAAUUGAAAACAGAGCCAGAUUUAUCUUGGAAGCAUUUGACAAUGUCUUUAAAGUAGCUGAUGCACAACAAGUUGGUGUUCGAUUUUCACCAGCAAAUGUGUUUCAAGAACCGGGAAUCAACCCAUCAAGCAAACAAGAUUACAUAUACAUUCUUAAAGAAUUGCAAAAGAGAGCCGACAAGGGCAACCAAUUGGCAUUCAUUGACUUGGUUGAUGGUGUGUACGACGUUGAUGAUGUCCAAUCACCAGCAAACGUAAACUACUUUUACGAUUUUUGGAAGGGUAUAAUUUUAAAAGGAGGAAACUACACCGAAGAUAAAAAUGAUGGAUGGAAAAAAAUCGUUCAAGACGCCGAUGCCAAUGACCGUACCUUGGUUGGGUUCGGCAGACAUUUUAUUGCCAAUCCAGAUCUUCCACAAAGAAUUAAGCAGGGCAAGGACUUGAAUGAAUAUGAUAGAUCCACAUUUUAUACCACGUAUGACCACGGAUAUAAUACUUAUCCUGAAUACGGCGAGACUAGAGAUGCUGACCCUGAAGCAAAGAUCAUUCCUAAACCAUUAGUUCAUUAA